GAAAGAAUAGACCCUACCACCUUCACUCUAUCUAUCUGUGACAUACAGUACAUUGCCAGCUUUUGGUUUCUGCAUUUCAUUGACACAUUUUUCAUCAUUAGAGACAUAGACCAGUGUUUCCCAAUCUUUUUUCAGUCACGGCACACCCUUUAAAAUUAUUAUGAACAGUCCCGAGGCACCCUUUAAAAUUAUGGACAGUCUUGAGGCACCCCAUUCUAAAAUGAUUCUAAAAUGGGGUGCCUCUAGACUGUAGAUAAUUUUAAAAGGACAUCCCAUUCAAAAAUGUG